UACACCACUCCACUGCCUGAAGAGUUGUAUCGUUUCUCCGCUCCUUCCCUCGAUCGCUCCUUGCGGCUCUCGCCCGCCCCCAACCCUCUCCUCUCUCUUCGAAAUCUAGGGUUUUUGGCAUCGGUUUUCGGCCCGGUGACGAUCGAAGCGUAGUACAGAUCUUAAAUCAGCUCCCUGAACAUUACUGCAGGUGUAGUACAGAUCUCAAAUCAGCUCCCUGAAGUUGGAAAGAAAAUCAACGAAAGAUGGCAAAUAUGAAUAUAACCUACAUUUUAGAAAAGAUGACGGGCAAGGAUAAAGAUUACAGAUAUAUGGCCACCUCAGAUUUACUUAAUGAGUUGAACAAGGAAGGGUUCAAAGCUGAUACUGAUCUGGAAGUGAAAUUGUCAAAUAUUGUCCUUCAACAGCUUGAAGAUGCAGCUGGGGAUGUUUCUGGUUUAGCUAUGAAAUGCCUGGCUCCCCUUGUGAAGAAGGUCAGCGAGGAGAGAAUAUUGGACAUGACAAAUAAGCUCUCUGAUAAAUUGUUAAACGGAAAGGAUCAGCAUCGUGAUACUGCUAGUAUAGCUCUGAAGACAAUAGUUUCAGAAGUUACUACAACAUCUCUUGCUCAACGCAUUCUAGUUUCUCUUGGCCCCCAAUUAAUAAAGGGCAUAACUAGUUCCGGGAAGAGUACUGAAAUCAAAUGCGAGUGUCUUGAUAUAUUAUGUGAUGUACUCCAUAGAUUUGGCAAUUUGAUGACAAAAGAUCACGAGGAAUUGCUUACUGCACUUCUGCCUCAGUUGAGUUCCAAUCAAGCCAGUGUCAGAAAGAAGUCAAUUUCGUGUAUUGCAUCUCUUGCCUCAAGUUUGUCGGAUGAUUUACUUGCAAGGGCCACUUUUGAAGUUGUUGAACUAUUGAAGAAUAAGAAUAUAAAACCUGAAAUAACCCGAACAAACAUCCAGAUGAUUGGAGCUUUAAGCCGUUCUGUUGGAUAUCGAUUUGGGCCACAUCUUAGUGAAACUGUUCCCUUGCUCAUGGAUUACUGCACAAGUGCAUCAGAAACUGAUGAAGAACUUCGUGAAUAUAGUCUGCAGGCAUUGGAAAGUUUCCUACUUAGGUGUCCAAGGGAUAUAUCUUCAUAUUGUGAUGACAUUCUAAAUCUUACUUUGGAGUAUAUAAGUUAUGACCCAAAUUUUACAGAUAACAUGGAGGAGGACACUGAUGAUGAAGGGCGUGAGGAGGAGGAAGAUGACGAAAGUGCAAAUGAGUAUACUGAUGAUGAGGAUGUAAGCUGGAAAGUUCGAAGAGCAUCUGCUAAGUGCUUAGCUUCUAUCAUUGUUUCGCACCCAGAGAUGCUAUCGAAGAUGUAUUUGGAGGCAUGCCCAAAGUUGAUAGAAAGGUUUCGAGAAAGGGAAGAGAAUGUAAAGAUGGAUGUGUUUAAUACAUUCAUUGAGUUGUUACGCCAAACUGGAAAUGUGACAAAGGGACAGUUGGAUAUUGAUGAGUCAAGUCCACGAUGGUUAUUGAAACAAGAAGUGCCAAAAAUUGUCAAAUCUGUUAAUCGGCAGCUGCGCGAAAAAACUAUCAAAACGAAGAUUGGGGCAUUCUCAGUAUUAAAAGAACUCGUCGUUGUCUUACCAGACUGCCUUGCUGAUCAUAUAGGUUCACUUGUUUCUGGGAUUGAAAAGGCUUUGACUGAUAAAACUUCCACCUCAAAUUUGAAGAUCGAAGCUCUUGUUUUUACUAGAUUAGUAAUGGCAUCACAUUCUCCUUCUGUUUUCCACCCAUACAUCCAGGCCCUUUCUGGUCCUGUUUUAUCUGCUGUUGGUGAGAGAUAUUAUAAGGUCACUGCUGAAGCAUUACGAGUCUGUGGAGAGCUUGUUCGUGUUCUUCGCCCAAAUUUUGAGAAAUGUUCUCUGGAUUUCAGACCUUAUGUUGGUCCGAUUUAUGAUGCUAUUUUGACACGUUUGGCAAAUCAAGAUCAAGAUCAGGAAGUCAAGGAAUGUGCUAUAUCUUGUAUGAGCCUAGUAAUUUCAACUUUUGGUGAUAAUCUGCAGCGUGAACUACCUGCAUGCCUUCCCAUACUUGUUGAUCGGAUGGGUAACGAGAUAACCCGACUCACCGCUGUGAAGGCAUUUGCAGUAAUUGCUAACUCACCUCUUCGGAUUGAUCUCUCAUGUGUCUUGGAGCAAGUAGUUUCAGAAUUAACAACAUUCCUGCGAAAGGCUAACAGAGCACUGAGACAGGCAACAUUAGGGUCAUUGAACUCCCUAGUUGUGGCUUAUGGUGAUCAAAUUGGGCCAUCUGCUUAUGAAAUUAUAAUUUCUGAACUUUCUACUCUUAUAAGUGAUACAGAUCUGCAUAUGACUGCUCUUGCUUUGGAACUUUGCUGCACGAUGAUGACCGACCAAAAAUCCAGCGAAAAUGUUGGUCUGACUGUUCGAUAUAAAGUCCUCCCGCAAGCGCUCAUAUUAAUUAGAAGCUCUCUGUUGCAGGGUCAAGCGCUACAAGCAUUGCAGAGAUUCUUCGCAUCAUUAGUUCAUUCAGCAAAUACUAGCUUCGAGACAUUAUUAGAUUCACUUCUUUCGAGUGCUAAGCCAUCACCGCAAACUGGUGGCCUUGCCAAACAGGCUCUAUAUUCAAUUGCACAGUGUGUUGCUGUACUUUGCCUAGCAGCAGGUGAUCAGAAAUGCGCAUCUACAGUUGAAAUGCUUAAAGGCAUUUUGAAAGAUGAUAGUGGUACUAAUUCUGCUAAACAGCAUCUGGCCUUGCUAUGUCUUGGAGAAAUUGGACGAAGAAGAGAUCUCAGCAUGCAUGCACGCAUUGAGAAUAUUGUCAUCGAGUCCUUCCAGUCGCCUUUUGAAGAGAUAAAAUCUGCAGCGUCUUAUGCUCUUGGAAACAUAGCUGUGGGCAAUCUGUCCAAAUACUUGCCAUUCAUUUUGGAUCAAAUAGAUCAUCAGCAGAAGAAACAGUACCUUUUGCUUCAUUCAUUGAAAGAGGUUAUUGCAAGACAAUCUGUUGAUAAAGCUGGCCAUGGUGAACUCCAGGAUACAUAUGUCGAGAAGAUACUGUACUUGCUUUUUAAUCAUUGUGAAAGUGAAGAAGAGGGGGUUCGCAAUGUAGUUGCCGAGUGUUUGGGUAAAAUUGCACUCAUUGAACCUAGGAAGCUCGUUCCUGCACUCAAGGAGCGUACGGCGAGUCCAACUGCAUUCACAAGAGCAACAGUUGUCAUUGCUGUGAAAUAUUCCAUUGUUGAACGGCCUGAAAAAAUAGAUGAAAUUCUAUACCCUGAGAUAUCCUCAUUUCUGAUGCUGAUUAAAGAUAAUGACAGGCAUGUUAGACGUGCAGCUGUCCUGGCUUUGAGUACGGCUGCUCAUAAUAAGCCCAAUCUAAUCAAGGGGCUUCUUCCUGAAUUGUUGCCUCUUCUUUAUGAUCAGACAGUUGUUAAGCAAGAAUUGAUAAGGACAGUUGAUCUUGGACCUUUCAAGCAUGUUGUAGAUGAUGGACUUGAGCUUAGAAAAGCAGCUUUUGAAUGUGUUGACACAUUGCUGGACAGUUGUCUUGAUCAAAUGAACCCAUCAUCUUUUAUAGUUCCUUACCUUAUAUCUGGUUUGACUGAUCAUUAUGAUGUCAAGAUGCCUUGCCAUCUUAUUCUCUCAAAACUUGCAGACAAGUGUCCUUCUGCUGUCCUUGCAGUUUUGGACUCAUUGGUUGAUCCUCUCGACAAAACUAUUAAUCACAAACCAAAGGCUGAUGCUGUGAAACAGGAAGUAGAUCGUAAUGAAGAUAUGAUCCGAAGUGCUCUUCGAGCCAUUGCUUCCUUGAGCCGGAUAAGUGGAGGUGACUGUAGCUUGAAGUUCAAGAAGCUGAUGGAUGGCAUAAUGAAGUCUGCUCCCCUAGCUGAGAAGUAUAAUUCUGUGCGGAGUGAGUAAUAAUGGAAGAAAGGUGCAUGCCGUUAACAAAAUACCAAUGGAGUACACACUACAGGCUUUGAGAAAGCAUGUUGGAACUUCAGGGAAGUUAUGUUCCCCUGAAUAUAUAUAGAUCUUUCAUGUCAAGCAUGAAGUCAAAUUUGGCCUUCAUGAAGAUUAUAGGGUUGCUUGAUUUGUAGGGUGUAUUGCAGCUAUAAAUUUUUGUAAAUGAGCUGUUAUCAUUCUUGAACUUUUUAAUUUUAAACGAUUUUCUGGAGACGCUGCUGCCUUCUUGAGUGAUUGGAAAUUGAGUUUGUUCUCACAAGAGGAAGGAUGUUUCAAAUACGUUUUGUUCUCUGUUUUGGUAGAAUCGAUCUUCAUGUACCUGACA